AUGCCGAGCGAAAGACCGCCCGGCUGUGCGUACUGCAUCGUGGACCCGAAGCGCGGCAUCGACGAGCUAUCCGUGCUCGCGAAAAUCUUCUACGAAACGCUGAAGAAUCCCCGGCCCGACGAUAACUACAACAAGAUGGCUAUACGCGCCGCGGAAGAGUUUGAGUCGGCCGUGGAUAACACGCUCUUCCGCCAACUUAAGAAGGACAAAAAAUGGGAAUGGGAAACCGUUGAGCAGCGGGAUGAGCGCGUGCAAGUUCGCAAAUCGAAAGUCAUCGUUUGGAUGCGCAACAAUAGACGGUACUUCCGCGACCUACUGGCUGCAGCGCCCAGGCUCCUUGACUUACCGGCUCCUUCCGCCUCCAAGGACACAUCGGAGCGCGGGGCCAGCGUUCGAGAUCUUUUCAUGCAUGACCACCGGUCGAUUGGGAGCGAUGCGACGAGUGAGGUCCGCAAGGCAGGGGGCAACAGGAGCGCCGAGGCCACAGCAUUCAACGAAGCCUACAAUGUGGCUAUAGAGCGCAUGAUAGCAGAGGAGCCGGAGAAGUACGCGGAAUACCAGCGACGAUCUGCCGAGUCAAAGGCAGAUGCCAAACGUGCGCGUCAGGCUGCCAAAGCGAAGGCUGCGGCAUCCGUCGAGGACAGUGACGAUGAAGUCUCUCGAGAGGAUGUCAUUGAAGAAUCUCGUGCCCGUCUGCGCUAUACGGCGCGGAAGUCGUUGGACGAGUGGGCGAAAGUCACGCACACAGAGAUAUUCAUGUACGUUGGAUGGGUAGACUCGGACGGAGAGCCGGUUCGCUAUCUGUGA